GACAAGUGACAAUUGACAACUUCAAUCGCGCCAUUUUUGUUUAUGUUUUAUUAUAUUCAAUUUUAUACUAAUCUAAGAACGAAAUGGAAAUUAACUUCGACAUAUACGACAACUUACCAAAUAAAGAGCACAUCUUAGAGCAAGAUGUGGAAAAGCUUCAGGACCAAAUUCAACUGAUGGAGGCUCACAUUGCAGCCCUUGAAGCUGACAUCGCGAAGUUGUGUGCUAAAGUAACAGAAAUGAAAAAGGUUCGUGACAACUUGGAAAAGAAUAUCUCCGAGUUGUACAAAACUGCCAAAGCAGAAAUUGAACGGAAAGAUAGGAUGAUAGCUGAACUGAGAAACCAACUAGACCAAUUUAUUCUGCAAAGAAAUUGUAAUACUAGCACCACUUUUGCGGUUAAGCGCCAAAGGGAGAGAAGUCCGGGCUCACAUGGCUUUGAAAAUGCCAUAAAAAAAGUAAAGAGAGAAUAUGACCAUCGCAAAGGUAAACGCAGUCCAAGCCCACAUAAAAGGAGCAGAAGUCGUUCACGAUCUAGAGAAAAGCAUAGACGUAUACAUAGGGAAAAGAGUAGGGAUAGAAAACGGGAUUGUAAAAGUGAUGGCUCUGACAAAUAUGAUAAUGACAGAAAGUCAUCCACUAAAAGGGACAACAGUACAAAACCAAAAUUCUCAACAUCUAAGACUAUAACCAACAGACGUGACACAAAUGAACCAAAAACGGUCCACAGUGAAACAGGGGAUAAAAUCACUCAUGAUAAAUAUAACAAAGCAUCAAAAGACGGUGAUAAGUUGAUCGUAAAAUUAAAACGCCAUGAAAAAGAAAAUGUUAGUAAAGAUAUUCAAAUCCCAAAAGAGCCUGACAAGGUACAUGGAAACUUGAAAAGUAAUGUUCUUAUUCCAAGUGUACAAGAUCUGCCAAAAAAACCUGUUCAAGACGUUCUAAUCUCAAAAGAGAAUGAAAAAAUGAACAUGAUUUUGUUUGGGCCAGAUCCAGAAGAUCUUGAAAGAGAAAGUGUUCAAGAACCCCAAAUAUCAGAAGAGAACGACAAUAUAAAUAAAACGAGUUCUGCGUCAACUGUAAAACAUCCUGAAAAAGAAACUUUUCGAAAAAUCCAAGUAGCAGCAGAAGACAGCAAUAAGAAAACUGAAGUAACAAACGUUAAUGUUCAGAUUAUGAGUGAACAACAAAAUUCUGCCAGUGAACAGACAAACGCGACAGUCUUAAAUGUAAACGAAUCGGAAAAAGGAAUACACGAAAAAGAUUGUAGUGUGAUAGAAAACCAAGACAAUCAUUUUGCAAACGUAGACGAAAGUCCCGAGAAAAACGACAACGCUGAAAAAGGUGAACUUACAAAUAAAACGGACAAAACAAACAAAAAUGUGUUUGAAAAUAAACCUAAAGCUAAAGCGAGAAUCGAAGAUGUGACAACAAAGCUAAUAAAAAGGUUGGAGGAAAGUAAAACUGUCAAUGCGUCUGGUGAAGCAGAAACGGAUACGAAUGAAAUUGCAAUGGAUACAGUUCUUAGAGAUUUAGUAAGAACUGCUAUAUCAGAUCUUGGCAUAGAAAAUGUUUAUGACAUGAAAAAAACUGACGAGAUUUGUGACAAUGUUCCAAAUGAACAAGAGAAAAAAUUAAAAGCUUCCAGUAGUACUUUCCCUGACAAUACAGAAGUUGCAAGUACUUGCGAUAAUGUUGAAAAUAGCACCAAAUGCCAUACCGCUGAAGUUACUGAACAUAUGGAGCAACCAAACCCAGAAAUAAAUAGUAAUAGUUGUAGUAAGAAACAAGCCGUCAGCGUAAGCAUAGAAAGUUUAUCAAACAAUCUGACAAAAAAUAUAAAAAAUGAGACUUUAAAGAAAGAAAAGAAAGAUGAACGCGAAUCAACUCGUCCUACAGAGAUAGCAAAUCAUGCAACGAACUUAAAAGCAGCAGACACACAAACAACAAAGGAAGAAAAGUCCAAAGAUAAAAAUCAAGAGAAUAAGGAAACUUCAAAGCAAAAACUUCUAGAAAACAAAAAUGUUGCAAUAAUUAAAUCCACUAAGCCAACAACAAAUCAUUCUUUGAGCUCAGAAAUUAAAAGCAGCGCAACAAAAAAAGAACAUCGGAAAAAUGAAAAUAGGGAUAAACAUAAAUCAAAAAUCAUCGGUGUAAGUAAAAAAAUAAAAGUAAUGCAUCCAAAAGAGACUAAAAAAAGUGACGCAGUGAGUUUAAAAACCACAGACAGUUUAGCAAAGAAAAAAAAUGAGCAAAACAUCGUCAUAAACAAAAAAUGCGAAUCAGCCAGUUCUACAAAUGUAGCAACAAAUCAUGGGAUUACCGUAGGACAAGACAACUCAACACAGAAAGAGAGCAGCAAAAAUGAAAACGAUGUUAAACAGACAUCAAAGGACAAAGUCGCUGUAAAUAAGAGCAGUGAAGCGACUAAUACAACAGAAACUCCAAAAAGUAGUCUAGGGAACUCAAACAGUGCAGACAUUCCAACCAGAAAAGAAGUGAACAAAAAUGAAGAUGAAAACAGAAAUAAACAUAUACCAACGCAAAUAAACACCGUAAAUAAGAAAACUGAAUCAGUUCAUCCUGCAGAGGCACAAACAAUGAACACAACAAAGAAAAAACAUAGCAAAAACAAAGAUAGUCAACAAUGCAAAGAAAUUGACAUAAAUACAAAAAGUGAAGCAACGAGUCUUCCAAGUACAACUAACAAUGAUGUAACAAUUUCAGAAAGUGCAGAAAACGUAAAGAAAAAACACAAACACGAAAACGAACACAAGGUUAAACAAGUGUCAAAGCAAACCAAGGGUGUGAGCAAUAAAAAUGAAUCAAUGAAUCCUAUACAAACCACAAAAAAUGACGCAGUGAACGUAGAAGUGACAGAUAAGUCAGCAAAAAAAGAAAAUAAGCACAGUGAAAACAAAACUAAACCAAUCCCCAUGGAUGGUAAAAGUGAAUCAGUAAACUCUACUGAGCCCAGUAAAACUGAAGCAAUAAAUUCAAAAAUCGUAGAAAACUCAACAGAAAAUAAACAUGAAGAUGAAAACAAACACACAUUGAAGGAGGAUAAAAAGGAUGUGAAACUAGCAGCUGAAGUUAAACGCAGAAAAUCUAGAGAUAGAAGAGACUCCAGAGACAAAAAUUUUGUCAGCGCAAAAAAAGAUAGAUAUGACGAAGAAGUUCCUGAAUCUGAUCGCGUUUUAAGAAGUGCGGCCAAAAGAGAGAAGGUGGAAAAACCCAACGAAAAAAUUGUAGAAGACCAAAAUCAAAAGGCUGAGGCUUCUAGUGGUAAGAUGCAAGAAAAUGUUACAAAUAAAAUCGCGUCGAACGAUAUGUUGCUAACAAAUGAGUUUACAAGUUGCAUAGGUCUAACACAUGAAGGCGAGAUUCCUGUGUUGCAUCUCUCUGACUGUGAUCCUUGUACAAAUGACGGAAAUUUAUUUGACUUGAAUUUAAACAUUGACCCUUGUCCUCCCGUUACAUCGACGCCUGUAGCCACAAAUGUAGAUAUGCGACUUUUACGAGACGACUUGAACAUUUCUUUCAAUGAGACUGAAAAUACAAGCGCCAAUCAUAUAGAAACUAGUAAACCUUCGUGUAAUUCUGAUACUAUCACCGCUAGUACAAGAACCGAUAGUGAAUUAAGUAAUUCCGUUAAUGUAUCAAAUACGUCUUUCAAGCGAAAGCGAAGACGGGUCGUUAUAACAUGGUCAUAGCUUUUGUAAAUUUAAGAAUAUUGUAUAUAUUUCCAAUGUAUAUUUUCUAGAAUUUUAAUUUCAUUUUAUUUAAAACAUUUACGAAAAUGCAGGCCAUCAAAUAGUUUUGAAUUUAUAUAAAAAUAUUAUAUUUA